AUGGACCUGUCGGCUGAUGGUUGGGCACAAGAGCCGGAUUCGUUGGAGAGACGAAUUUCUCGCACGGAGGCACAAGCCCAGAGACUAAAGGAGGAAGUUGCGACGGUGCUGCGUGGGUUGGCUGCUCUGAAGGAGCAAGUCAAAAGCGCAGAUGAUCUCGCAGGGGACCCCGGGAGUGAAGACAUGAGGAGAGAAAUUGAUGAAGUAUUGAAGAGACAGACGGAAGUCCUCGAAGAGAUGGUGAAAUCCACAGAGUCCUUUCCGAGGCGAUGGGCCCAGUUCGAGCUGAACACCAGCCAGCGCAAGUCCCUGAUCUUGAGCAUCAAGGCCAGAAAGGCUCACGAUCGAGUUCUGCGAGGAGAUGGUUCGCCUUGA